AUAUUCCUUCUUUCUAAUCUCUCUCACAGACACUCUCUCUCUCUCUAUAUAAUAUCGAUUUCCAUCUUUCCAUCUUUGAUUUUUAAUUCAAUCAAAACGGAAUUGAAGGAAGAAAAGGAGGAGUGUAGAAGAGGAGAGAGAAAGAGAAGGGAGGGCCUUUUUUGGGAGGAUGAACACGCCCUCUGUUCUUCUAAUACCUCCUCCCAGAUCUUAGAUUUCCUCGAUUCCGCAUCUGGGUCUCUUCAAUCGAGAAAUGGAAUCCGAUCUUGGUAAGCUUUUUAUCGGUGGGAUUUCAUGGGACACGAACGAGGACCGUCUCAAGGAUUAUUUCAAGGCGUAUGGGGAGGUGGUGGAGGCCGUGAUCAUGAAGGAUCGGACCACAGGCCGUGCCCGUGGAUUCGGUUUCAUUGUGUUUGCGAAUCCCGCCGUCGCAGAGCGGGUGGUCAUGGAGAAACAUACAAUAGAUGGUCGAAUGGUUGAGGCAAAGAAGGCCGUUCCUAGGGAUGAUCAGCAUAUUCUUAGUAGAAACAGCAGUAGCAUCCAUGGAUCACCUGGCCCAGCUCGCACAAAGAAGAUAUUCGUGGGAGGUUUGGCAUCGACGGUAACAGAGAGUGACUUCAAGAAGUAUUUUGAUCAGUUUGGGACAAUAACGGACGUUGUGGUAAUGUAUGACCACAACACCCAAAGACCAAGGGGGUUUGGAUUCAUCACUUACGACUCGGAGGACGCCGUGGAGAAAGUCUUGAUGAAAACCUUCCAUGAACUGAAUGGUAAGAUGGUUGAGGUCAAGCGGGCUGUCCCGAAAGAGUUAUCCCCAGGGCCUAGUCGGUCUCCUCUAGGCGGAUAUAACUAUGGUAUGAAUAGGGUCAAUAGCUUCCUUAAUGGUUACACUCAAGGGCUUAAUCCGAAUUCUGUUGGAGGAUAUGGAAUGAGGAUGGACAAUAGAUUUGGUCCAAUUGCAGGUGGUCGGAGUGGAUUUCCUCCAUUUGGUCCACCCGGUUAUGGAAUGGGUAUGAAUUUUGAACCUGGUCUGAGCCCAAAUUAUGGAGGAACUGCAAAUUUCAACACUAACCUCAGCUAUGGGCGGGGAUUGAACCCUUAUUACAGUGCGAAUUCGAGUAGAUAUGGUAAUGCUACUGGGUAUGGUGGAGGUAACUUUGGAAGUGGGUCCCUCUUAAACUCACCAGGUCGAAAUGUAUGGGGGAGCGGUGGACUUAGCUAUACUACGAGUUCCGCAAAUUCGGCAGCUUACAUGGGCGGAUCCGGGAGUGGAACUAUUGGAGGCUUUGGCAAUACCAGCACGAAUUGGGGUUCGUCUCCUUCUAUUUCAGCUCAAGGCGGGGUUGGCAGUUCUGGCUUUGGCAGUGGAAAUCUCGGAUAUGGAAGUGGUGAUAACAAUUACGGAUUGGGAGGGAGUAGUUAUGGUAGGAGCAGUGGGGCAGGUGGUGCCCCGCAAUCGUUUACUGCAUCGAAUGGCGGGUAUGAUGGUGCCUAUGCAGAUCUAUAUGGUGGUAGUUCCAUUUAUGGGGACCCUACUUGGCGGUCUGCGUCUUCCGAGCUAGAUGGGCCCAGUUCAUUUGGUUAUGGGCUUGGGAAUGCACCUUCGGAUGUCACAGCCAAAGGUUCAACUGGUUAUAUGGGUGGUUAUGAUGUUAGCAACAGACAAUCAAAUAGAGGAAUUGCUACCUAGGUGAGGAUUAUUCUUUUGAUAUCAGAGCAGCUCAUAGUAGGUGAAGGAAUCCGGUGAAGUCAGGUGCAUGACUGUGAAUUUCGCACCCCCUCGUCGAUAUUUCAGACUUCAGUUAAUUCAAUUAUCUAGAGCUAACCGGAGUGUUUGUUUUGAGAAUUCAAAUUCAUAAAGAGAGAGAGAGAGAGAGAGAGAGAGAGAGAGAGAGAGAGAGAGAGAGAGGAAUGAUAACAAAGAAAAAGAAAAAAAGUAUUUUGUGUAAGGUUUGAGAUUUGAGUUUUAGUUUCUUACAUGGAGUGUAGGUUUUGGGUUUCUUGGGGUUUGAUUGAGAUGUAAAAUCAGAUUGCGGGAUAUAUUCAGAAGAGUGUUCCAAUCGUGAAGAAUGCAUCGGAUGGACUGUUAUUAUUUUUUGCCAUAAUGUCUGGCGGAUGUUGCUAGUUCCUGUCAGGUAUGUUUGUUUUAUUUUGUCUUCUUCUUUUCUUAAUCAUCAGAUGUACCAGAGUUCUGGUUGAUUUUACUGUGUGAGAAAAACUUUCAGCAGGUACCGUCUCGGUCCCAAAGAAUAAGCUUUCUAUAUAUUCUGAUUCAUUUCAA